UGAUAUCACCAAGUUCACAUCCACUCCUGUCCCUGUGAAGAGUGAAGAUGAUGAAGAGAAACCUCAGUCCUCACAGCUUCAUCAAAGACACACUGAACAGAUGGAAACAGAAGCAGAAGGAGAGGACAGUGGAGGAGCAGAACCAGACAGGAACUCAAAUCCAGAUACACAUUUAAAACAAAAGACUGAUGACAGUGAUGAUUGGACGGAGACCAGAGAACCUCAGUCAGGUUUAAACUGUCUGAAAAAUAAUGAAGUCCCUGUCAGUGAUUUGAUUGUUUGUGAGAAACGAUUUAGCUGCUCUGAGUGUGGGAAAAGAUUUGAUUACAGUGGAGAUCUGAAGAGACACAUGAUAACUCAUACAGGAGAGAAACCAUUUAGCUGCUCUGAGUGUGGGAAAAGAUUUGGUCAAAACGGAAAUCUGAAGAGACACAUGAGAUCUCAUACAGGAGAGAGACCAUUUAGCUGCUCUGAGUGUGGGAAAAGAUUUGAUUACAGUGGAGAUCUGAAGAUACACAUGAAAACUCACACAGGAGAGAAACUGUUUAGCUGCUCUGAGUGUGGGAAAAGAUUUGGUCAAAAUGGAAAUCUGAAGAGACACAUGAGAUCUCAUGCAGGAGAGAAACCAUUUAGCUGCUCUGAGUGUGGGAAAAGAUUUGGUCACCGUGGAGAUCUGAAGAUACACAUGAGAGCACAUACAGGAGAGAAACCAUUGAGUUGCUCUGAAUGUGGGAAAAGAUUUGGUCACAGUGGAGAUUUGAAUAAACACAUGAGAUCUCAUACAGGAGAGAAACCAUUUAGUUGCUCUGAGUGUGGGAAAAGAUUUGGUCACAGUGGAGAUUUGAAUAAACACAUGAGAUCUCACACAGGAGAGAAACCAUUUAGUUGCUCUGAGUGUGGGAAGAGAUUUGGUCAAAAUGGAAAUCUGAAGAAACACAUGACAGUGCAUACAGGAGAGAAACCAUUUAGCUGCUCAAUUUGUGGGAAAUCAUUUACACAAAAUGGAAAUUUACAGUCACACAUGAAAAUUCAUGCAGGAGAAAAGUUAUUCAGCUGUUUAGUCUGAAAAAAAAUCUCUUUGGAAUAAGAUUUUAAAAACACUCAUGACUGAUACAGACCCAAACAUUGAUGUUUUAUGUAUUUAAAUGUAUGUACUUACCAAGAUCAGUCUUGUGCAGCCAGGCGGAGUAUUUCCCCUCUGACAGCCAAGCUGGGUCAAAACCUGUUAUCCGUUGGUGACUGGACUUUUGCUGCUUGUCAGGGGCAGGGCAUGCAGCAAUUUGGCUCUUUCCUGUACUUGGAUCCAGAGCAGGAGAGCUACUCUGGGUGCUAAAUUCUAGAACUGACUUGAUCAUAGCUUUCUUCUAAGAAUCUGCACAAAAUAGCCCAUAAUGAUUAAGUGAAAACAUCAUUUCAGACAUUUUUGUAAAACUGAUGUGGAUAUUGUUUAGGUGACCCUGUUUUUAUGUGGCUAAGAUAGGUUUUGCUGCUGUCCCCGUCCACAGUCACCAGACUACUUUGAUAGAAACAGCCCUUUUUUCUACCUAGCUCCCAUGCCAUUUAUAGUCUCUUUUGGGUCCAUCUGAAUCAUUCUGUGUCCCCUCUUGAAAUUCAGAGGUUUUACGGGUUCACAACGACAGUGCAUGUGGAACUCUUCGUUGGUUGUUUUUAUUGUGUUUCUCCUUAGCAGCCGUAGUAUGAGUCAUGGGGUGGAUAACUGAUCAAGAGCUCCAAUUAGAGCUGAUCUGAUUGAUGGAUGAGAGGAGCAGCUGCUGCAGAGGCGAGUGAAAGUAAGGGAAGUAAUAAAGCAACUCAAGACAUAAAAUAAGCACAGCAGAAAUGUCAGACAGGAUGAACCAUGGUGUUAAACUAUAUAUCUUUAAAUGUUUUAGUCAUGGCUGAAAAUAACAAAAAUAAACAGGUUUGCUGAAUUCACAUAUCACUGCAAUUCACAACAGUUUGCAAUUUCUACCUGGAAGGUUUAUAUCAAGGUCACAGUGAUUCAGUCUACGAAGACGUCAUCAACAUCCAUGUAUGCAUAUGAUGUCAUCCGGAGACUUUAAGCGAUUUUUUGGAGCUAAUGCUAGCUACUUUCAUUGGAAAAGAGUUGGCAGCUCUGCCCUACUUGUGAACUAUAGCCAAGAAAACAAUACUAUUAAGAAUCAGAAAAAAACUCAUCAUCUCCCAAUGGUUGGAUCAACUAACACAGCAGAUAACAAUGGAGCAACACUCAGCUCUGGAAAAAAGUUAUACUGAUGGAUUAUGUGUUAAAGGUUUGAUUUUAUUUUCUGAACGUUACACUUAUGGACUAUCUGUGUAAACUGCCCAUCAAAACAUUAAAGGGGAUCUAAUGUUUUUUUCAACCUGGGCCCUAUUUUCCGAUCUACUUUUGUCUAAAUGAGAUAUAGGAUGUUCAA